AAGAGAGAAAGAGAGAGGCGAAGGCAGCAAAAUCAAAGGGUUGCAGUAUGGUUUCAACUCAGAAUAACUCAUCCAUUGAUGGAAACCAGAGGCAAGGUGUUCCAGAAUUGGAAGUUAGGCCUGGAGGAAUGUUUGUUCAAAUCAGAGAUUUGAAUCCAAAUCCAAAUCCCUCUCCUCCCACCAUCAAACUUAAGGUCAAAUUUGGGUCUUCUUACCAUCACCUUCAUAUCAGCUCCCAUGCAAGCUUCGGUGAAUUAAAAAAGAUGUUGGCAGAACCAACUGGUUUGCACCCAGAAGAGCAAAAGUUAAUAUACAAAAACAAAGUGAGGGAUUCGAAAAGCUAUCUAGAUGUGGCAGGAGUCAGAAAUGGGUCAAAACUUGUGUUGGUUGAAGACGCUUUAAGCAAGGAAAGACGAUGCCUUGAGAUGCUUAAAGACGCAAACUUUCAAAACUCCUCAAAAUUGCUAAAACAACUUAGGUUGGAAGUGAAAAAGCUGUCUCAACAGGUUGAAUCACUUCAUAUGAAAGGUUGUAAGGAAGGGAGAGUGUCAGAAACUGAAGUGGAGAAUUUGACUGAAAUGCUUAUGAGAAAAUUGAUUGCGUUGGAUGAAAUUCAAGUGGUGGGAGACCCGAGGCUGCAAAGAAGAGAACAGGUGAGGGAAGUUCAAAGGCAAAUAGAAAGCCUUGACAUGAUGAAGCUGCAACUCUGCAGCAAUGGAGGUGGAGACUCACAUAAUGCCCAUGCUUUUACUUCCACCAAUGCAAAGGGAAACCAAAGGUUGCACCCAAAGCAGCACUGUACCAGCAUAGUGAAGGAAGCUCUAAGGAAUUCUGAAUCUGUGGUCACAACCAAAUGGGAGACUUUUGAUUAGCCGUAUCAUCACUUUCAAACUACCACAAAAGUUCAUAUUCGCUUUUAUCAAUUCAUUCG